GCAGCCGAGCGUCCGGUCCUCCGGCCCGGCCCCCGGCGCCGCCAUGUACGACCUGGAGCGCGGCUGGAGCCUGUCCUUCGCGGGCUGCGGCUUCAUGGGCUUCUACCAUGUCGGGGCGACGCGCUGCCUGAGCGAGCACGCCCCGCACCUCCUCCGAGACGCGCGCAUGUUCUUGGGCUGCUCCGCCGGCGCGCUGCACUGUGCCUCCUUUCUCUGCGGGAUGCCUCUGGACAAGACCCUGCAGAUACUCAUGGACCUCGUCCGGCAGGCCAGGAGCCGGAACAUCGGCGCCCUGCACCCGUCUUUCAACAUGGACAGGUGCCUCCGCGACGACCUGCAGCAGCACCUGCCGCCAAAUGCGCACCAACUCGUCUCCGGCAAGCUGUGCAUCUCACUCACCAGGGUGUCCGACGGGGAGAACGUGCUGGUGUCCGACUUCCACUCCAAGCAGGAGGUGGUCGAUGCCCUGCUGUGCUCCUGUUUCAUCCCCUUCUACUCCGGCCUCAUCCCCCCUUGCUUCAGAGGCGAGCGGUACAUGGAUGGAGGAGCGAGUGACAACGUCCCCUGCCUGGACGCCAGGACGACCAUCACCGUGUCCCCCUUCUACGGGGAGCAUGACAUCUGUCCCAAAAUCAAGUCCACAAACUUUCUGCACGUGAACAUCACCAACCUGAGUCUACGCCUGUGCUUGGGGAACGUCUACCUCCUGACCCGAGCGCUGUUCCCCCCAGAUGUGAAGGUGCUGGGAGAAAUUUGCCUUCGUGGGUACUUGGAUACACUCAGGUUCCUGGAAGAGAAAGGCAUCUACAAUAGGCCCCAGCCAUGCCUGGCUCUACCCUCGGAAGGGCCCAGCCCAGAGGUCCACAGCGAGGAGUCGUCCUCAGAGCCUGCGGCCUGGGCCCUGGGGCCUGACGGGAAGGAGCUGCUGGACCACCUGCGCCUCAGCAUCCUGCCAUGGGACGAUAGCAUCCUACAGGCUCUGUCGCCCAGGCUCACUGCAGUUCUGAGUGAAACACUGAAGGACCGAGGUGGGUACGUGAACAAGAUCUUCAAUUUCUUGCCGGUCCGGAUCUUGUCCUACUUGGCCCUGCCCUGCACCCUGCCGGUGGAGUCUACCUUCGCCGCUGUGAAGAGACUGGUGAGGUGGCUCCCCGACCUUCCCGCUGACAUCCAGUGGCUGCAGUGGCUGUCGUCCCAGAUGGUCGCCCGCUUGAGCGCGUAUCUGUUUCCUGCUUCCAGAUCAAACCAAAGGCAGGUGAACGGCCCACGCACCUCCCAACACUCACUGGAACGUGGUUCUGUGGGGCUGCAGCCUGCCAGGCCCCUGUUUCCUUGUGGACCUGGUCGCCCAGCGGGGGCUGCCCAGCGCCCCUGUUCUCGUGCCUAACUCCAUUUCUGCGGGGCCGGUCUCCUCCGAGUCAUCAGGGAAGGCAGGCUUAGGACGUGCCGCCUGAGCACCUGGCCGUCCGGGUCUGUGUGCGGCCACCUCUGCCCAUGGAACGCCGUGUGGGCUGAGCCUGUAAGUGGAUGAAAUCCAAAGGCAAUGGAUCUGGUCUGGUGAAGUGCAAGGUAGCCACUCUCGGUGUAGGUGGGGAGUCCAGCACUUCAGGAAACCCAGUGUGUGGGCAGCUGUUAGCUCUGCUGGCGAGGUGGCCUCCCAGGAUGGCCUUCAAGCCCCUGAACGGGGUGGACACUCCCAAUGUCGGUGGUCGGAGUGACUGGUGUUUGUGGCCUGGCCUCCAUGCCAUCCUGAGGGGUAGAAGGAAGACAGUAGCGGCGUGACCUUCCCCUCCGUCUGCAGGGAGCCGCCUGUACAAGGAGGAGCAGAGCCGGUCCCCGGUGCCCACCUGCCGCGUGCUGUUAAUGACAUCACCUCACGGAUAUUCUUAGAAUGUCUUGGCUUAGCUGUAACAUUUUGUAAAAACUGUAAGAUCUUAAGUGUCGCGUUGUGUGUUCUGUCAAUCAAGGAGAUCAUAAAUGUACCUUUAAAAAUUCUGUGUGACGCAGGGCGGCACUGAGCCCCAGGCGGAGCUGAGCACGGGACCAGGGCUGCCCGUUUCUUGUUCUCAGCGGCCCCAGACUUGAACUUGGUGUGUGGUUCACAGGCUCUAGCCCUGGCUCUUUUUCUUUUUUGUGUCUUCCUAUACUGCUGUCUCUCCUCCACCAGGGAGCCUGCCUUUUCCCCAAACGGGGUAAUCUGUUACCAGUGACUGAAGAGCGUGUGUGUGUGUGUGUGUG